AUGAAGUUCAUCACCGCCACAAUCUGGUUCCUCGCCGCAAGUGCAGUCGCACUGCAAGACCCACGCGGCCCCGGCGACAACAUCUUGCCACGAGCUGCAUCUGGCGCCGCAGCUGCCAAGGCAACAGGAGCGGCGGGUGCGAAAGCGUCUGGCGCAAAGGCAUCUGGCGCAAAGGCGACCGGCGCCAAAGCUUCCAAGGCGGCUGGUGCUGCUGGUGCGAAGGCGACGGGAGCUGCCAAAGGCAAGGGCAAGGCCAAGGGACAAGCAGCAGGAGCAGCAGGAGGCAAGGGCAAGAAGGGCAAGGGAAAGAAGAAGAACAAGGUUUAA